AUGAAGCGGUUGCAUUCGAUCACCGACUUCCCAUCGUAUCGGAGCGGGAGGAGGAGCUUCAACGUCUCCUUAUCAGGGACGGCAGCGGGAGAGGACAUUAUCGGCGAUGAGGGGGACGAAGGACUGCCCGCGGACGAAGGCGACUGUUGUGACUGUCCGCCGGGCGGACUUCUCGAGGAACGAGUGCUUGAGCGGCCUCGCGGCGGCGACGGCGGUGAAAAUGCGGCGGAGUGUCGCGGGGCUCGGUCUUGGGAGGCCUUUCCAGCCGCGGCCCCAGGGAGGGCUGGGGGAUCGCUUGAGGGGUCGCUGAAGGCUGUGCGACUGCCUCAGUUCCUCGAGGGAGAUGGGGAUCUCCUCGCGCUUGACCUGUACUGGCGACAGGUUGGGGGAUGCGGAUCUCGAGGUGCCAGCGUACCGGAGUGCCGGGCCGCUGGGGUGUUGGACUCGUCGGAUUGGUACGAAGUGCCCUUCGUCAACAGUGAUGGACCGUGGAGUGCGAUUAGGGCACGGUUGCCGAUCACAGAUGAAGAAAGGAGGUCUGUCUCCGCUGCUCUUUGGGUCGUCACGAGAGACGUCGACCUGAUCCUGGGUGUCGAAGGCGUGCUCAAGUCGAGAGCAGUCGAAGAAUUCGUCAGCCACGUUGAUGGGGGGAGGAAGGGGAGUAUGCAGCAGGAACCUAAGCCACGCCUAUGGGAGUUUCGACCUAAUGUCGCGACUUGGGGUCGAGCGACAGGAGAAAACCUAAAAGCUGGGGGCGUUCGACUGGUUCUUACCGAAGCGAUGGGCAGGCUGUGCGCGUUGGUCCGUGCGCAGCUGGUCCGUGCACAGCAUGCCGACGCGGCCCCGGGGGCCGUAGAUAGCGACGCGUCCAUAUCAGGCAAGUAG